AAAUAUGCCAAGUAUAUUAAAUUUGUAUUUACUUUGGGGGGGACGCUCAAAAGUAGGCAACGAUUUAUGCAAGUUGAUUGCUAAUUUGCCAAACAACAAGAAAAGGGAGCAGCAGAAGAAGAAGAAGAAGAAGCUGCUGCUGCAAUAAUAAACGAAUCACAAACCAAUUAAACAGACGCAAGCCGACAACAAACAAAACGCAGCAAACUGCCAAACCAAAGCUCAAAAGGACUCGUCAGCAGCAGCAGCCGAGGCUGACGAACGAAUGCGCAGCAAACAGCAGCCGAAGGACAUGCACACAGCUGACAGUGCCACACACACACACAGACACACACCCUUGGUUUUGGACUCACUUGACUGUUUGGGCUGUUGGCUAUAAAACGCGCUGAACGCCACGAGGCGGUCAUCAGUUUGAAUUCGAGUUACACACGUGACGCAUCUAAAGAUUUCAACGCAAAGAUUUGAUUACGCGCAAUAAUCAAAAGCAAUUUUUUUGUAUAUAUUUUUUUUUUUUUUUUUGAUUGUUGUUGAAAUGUUUACCAACUGGCUAACGGGUAGCAGCAGCAGCAGCAACACGAGCAGCAGCAAUCGCUUGGCCAGCUCAGUGUUGAGUGUUGCUGGCGUUGGCGGCGUCAUGUCAACGCCGCCGGAUGUGAUACUCGAAGUGGGUCCAGCGCCCAGCAGUGUGCGCUUUGUGGCGCACGCUUUAGUGCUGGGCAUGCAUAGUGGCUAUCUACGCUCCGCUAUAAGACUAGAUGAGGCGGCAACAGUUGCUGUCGGCGGCGUCGGCACAGCAGCAACAACAGUUGCUGGCACUGCAGCUGCGGCUGCUGCUGCUGGCGGCGAAUUGCUGCUAUACUUGGGCAAUGUAACCGCUGAGCAAUUUGCACCGCUGCUCACAUAUAUGUACACCGGCUACUUGGACUUGAAUGUGGAGAAUAUAUUUGCAGUGCUGCUGGCCACGCAUGUGUUGCAUAUGCCACGCGCGCUAGAAAUCUGUCGCUCGUUCUUGGCGCGCGCUCAAAGCGAUGGCUACCUAAGCGGCAAUCCAUUGGCACAGCUGCAAUUGACUGCUGUUGGCAGCAGCAGCAGCAACAAAAUCAUACGCCCCAUUGCCAGCAAGGCAAGCUUGCCGCACUUUGGCUACUUGCCAGCGCCACCAGCACUACCAGCACCACCAGCACCAGCACCACCACCAGCGCCAGCAGCUGUGGCAACUUAUGUGCCAGCGCUGCCGCUGCUUGAGCCGGAGCCGGCAGCGGCGCUGCAGGAAGAUGAAGAGGACAUUGAAGUGUUUAUUGACAGCAAUACGGCCACAGAUAAUGAACUGGAUGCCGAGGAGGACUGCAAUGUGUCUGUGGUCAGCUCCUUGGCCAGCAGCAGCGCAGCCAGCAGCUUAAAUAUUGAACGCCUAGAGCCUAAAGCUGCAACACCGCCGCCUGCAGCAGCAGCAGCAGCAGCAGCAACAAUUGCUGCCACAGCAACAACUAGCAACAAGCUAAGCAUACGCGCUGCCAAAAAAUUGACAACACGCCGCAACAACAAAAGCAACACGCCAGCAGCCAAAGCGCCAGCAACAGCAACAGCAGCCACUGUGCAAUUGGAAACUGCAACACCAGCAGCCAAAUUCAUUAUCGAUGUUGCCAGCUGCGAUGGACCCGUGCGCUUUAGACGCAUUCUAAACACUGCCUAUGGCCAUAAGCCGGAGCUUGUAGAGAGUGGACAACAGUUGGCGCUGGAGCAGCAGCGCACGCAGCAAAGCGUUAGCUACUCAUUUCACCAGCAAAUGGCGCGUGCUAUUAGCAGCCAGCAGCGCCAGCAGCAACAGCAGCAGCAACAGCAACAACAGCAGCAGCAGCAAAAUGAAAACAGCAGCGUGUCAACAACAGUUGCAACAACAACAACAGCAACAACAGCAACAGCAGCAGCAGCAGCAACAGCAACUGGUGCAACACGCAAACAAGCGCAUGCUGAGCUCUUUGUCUGCGUUUAUUGCAAACACACAUUUAAAUCGCAAUAUUGUUAUCAGAAGCACGCCAAGCGUCAUCUCAAUCCGCUUAGCUUGGACAAGAAGCUGGCCGAGACGCAACGCUCGCCCAGCAAUGAGUUGCUGCUAAGCGAGCCAGCUACAGUUACAGCAGCAGCAGCAGCAACAGCAACAACAACAGCAACUACUGUGGCUGCUGCUGCUGCUGUUGCUGUUGCUGAUGCACCGCUUAGCGCUGUUGCGCUGCUGCGACGUGAGGUGCGUCCUUUGGAUAUGAAUGUGCAGUAUUAUCCUUGCAAAACUUGCGGCAGCAAAUUUCCUAGCUACUAUUUUGUUCACAAGCAUCGCAAAUUGUGUCAUGCCGAUGAGCUGGAAGCCCAGAGCAACACCAACAGCAACAACAACAACAAUUCGUCUAGCAGCAGCAGCAGCAACAGCAACAACAGCAGCAUCAUUAAACGCGAAACUGCAACUGCAACUGCAUUGGAUGCGCCCCAAGUCUAAAGCUUAACCCAAGCAAGCAAACGAAUUUAUUAACCCAUAACACACACACACACACUGAAACAUUUUUUUUUUGUCACUCUAUAUAAAACUAAAUAAAGGCAAAGCUACUAAUUGCAUAAGUUAUGCAUUUUCAAUAAUUCAUAAA